AUGGCUGUGCCAACGACAUCAGAAGGGCUUCCUCUGGACGACCGCUCAAAUGCUAUCAAAAUACCGCUCAUUGUGUUGAUUAUAUUCAGCUCCAUCUUCGUUGCAAUUCGAUUGGGCAUCAAUUGGAAAAACAGGAAUUUCUUCCUUCUUACAGAUCACUUGCUAUGGACUGGACAUGUAAUAGCUAUAGCAGGCGGUGCAUGCUGCUACAAAAUGGCUGAAUACGGUGGCGGCAAGCACGUCUGGGAUCCAUUCAUGACACCGCAACGCCUGGAAAAACAACUCUACUAUGUCUGGCUGAGCCAGAUUCUCAAUCUUUAUGGAAUGGCUCUGGUCAAGCUCAGUGUAUGCGCCUACAUUUUCAUGCUCGACUUUUCCAAGACGUUCCGCAUCAUGAUUUGGAUAUCGAUUGUUGUACAUGUUGGGAUCAACUUUGUGUUUCCCACAGUGGUUCUAUUCGGAGAAUGCACACCCUACUCCAAGCAUUGGGACGUGACGGGAACCAAGCCUGGCUCGUGUUGGGGAUCAGAACCCAGGGUUAUCUCAGGGUAUUCUGGAGCAGCAGUGAACAUUGCGACAGACUUGCUGUACACAAUGGCGCCUUUGGUGUACAUUUCGCGGAUUCAGCUUUCCAAGCGCACAAUCUGGGGUGUCCGUGCAGUCUUUCUCUGUGGUCUUGUAACAACAACAAUCUCCGCACUGAAACUGUACGAAAUGAAGGCGCUGGCCAACACCAAAGACCCAAGCUUCGAGUCCGUCAACCUAAGCAUCUUCGCCUCCGCCGAAGUCUUCGUCGGCGCAUUCACUGCCUCACUGCCCCCACUGCGAAAAACGUUCGAAAACUUCUUGCGCAAGAUCCUUCCCGCCAGCCUCACCGGCUCCUCAGGCAAAGGCUCAAAAGUAUCCCGUCAAAGCUACAUGCUCGAAAACAUUGAGGCGCGGUCAACUGCCAAGUCCUGGCCCGGUAAACAGGAAACAGACGGCGAUAGCGAGUUGGGUAUUCUCCCAGACGAAGGGAUCGCAAGGCCAACCAAUAAUUCCGACCAAGCAAUUACAAAAACCACACAUGUCAUCGUUGCGCCCCAUGGCGUAACCACAUGCAUGGUGCAGAUCACCCGCUCCUUGCAUAACCGAGGUCUCCAAUCCAUCACCUCUCACUUCUCACCUUCAACAUCUCACAUGUUUUACACACCCUUCCCAUCCCCCGUGACAAUGUCAUCCAAAUCCUACACCCUCCCCCUCUCCUUCCGCGGCUACGCUCAAGGCCGCACAUAUCACGACUCUUCUACAGGCCACCCUCAAUGCCACUUCUUCGGCGGCAUCCCCUACGCCCUCCCCGCGCAACGCUUUCAGCGCGCAAAACCACUCCCGCCAUGUUAUCGCUACGGGACGCAGGCCCAACCGGGCGUGUUUGAGGGCGCAUGUAGUGUAUGUCCGCAGCCGGCGGCUGGGCCGGGGAAAGAGGACCAAGCGGGGGAGGAGGAUUGUUUGCAGUGUAACGUUUGGGUUCCGACUGGGGAAGCGCCGGAGGGGAGAGUAGGGUGGCCAGUUUUGUUCUGGAUUCACGGCGGCUUCCUCCAAUGGGGCACCCCCAACGGCCUCAAUCUCCGGUCUCUCCUGUCAGACUCGCCCACACGCUGUAUCGUCGUAGCCCCUGCGUACCGCCUCAACGUAUUCGGCUUCCUGGGUUCACGUCAGCUCGAUGACGCGUGCGGCACCGACUAUGAUGCUAACGUAGGGUUUUGGGACCAGCGGCUAGCGCUGCAGUGGACACAUGAGAACAUCGCGUAUUUUGGGGGCGACGCGGCGAAUAUCACUCUUGGGGGUUACUCCGCCGGCUCACAUUCUGUGUUCCAUCAGCUAUCGUAUGAUUUGGGGUUGAGCGACGAGAAAGCGGUGGUGAAGAGGGCGAUGAUGCUGUCGAAUGGACCGGGGAUGCAACCGAAGAGUUUGGACGAGGCGCAGGACCAGUUUGAAGAGUUGAUGCAGGUUUUGGGGAUUGAUUCGAAGCUUGAGCCCGCGGAGACGCUGGGGAAGCUAAGGGCGGUGCCGGCUAGUGAGAUUGUCGAGGCGAGUGGGAAGAUGAAGUUGCAUCAGUUUCGCGCGGUGACAGAUGGAGCGUUUGUUCGCCAUGGUUUAUUGGAAGAGCUGUCCAAUGGUGUAUACGCUGAACGCAUGAAGAGGCGCAAUAUCCAGCUUAUCAUUGGCGAAUGCAAAGACGAGCAUUUCAUGUACGGGACCUGGCGGCCGCCACAGCCAGGCUACACACACAUGCUGCGCCGCCUCGAAGCCGACUAUCCUCGGGAAGCUUGUAAAGUACUCAUGUCACAUUACUUUCCCGACCGUAAGCUCCCGCCGCGGUUCGAGAGUUGGCAAGAGGCGUUUGGACAUAUCUACGCUGAUGUUCAGAUCCAUGCGCUGCGACGGGGAAUGGUGAAUGCGCUGGUGCAACAUAGUGCUGGUAGUCUAAUUCAUAGAUAUCGCAUCGAGUGGCGUGCGCGGUGCGUGGACAAAGAGCUCCCCAUCCAUUUCGGCGUCACGCAUGGGUCUGACAUUGCGAUUUGGUUCUGGGGCAAUGGCAGCGACUUGACUGAGGAGGAAAAGCAGAUUGCGGCACAGACAUUCCAUCAUCCGCUGAGUAAGUUUUUAAAGGGAGAGGACAUGGAGUGGGGGACGGAACAUGCAAUGCAAUUGCGGACGUUGAAGAGUGAUGGUCGGGUUGUAAUUGAAGAAGAUACGAGGAUGGAGGAAGGUCUCAGGCUCUGGGAUGCACUGAAGAAAGCUGGUGCGACGGGGGAGCCAAAGGAAUCAGCGAGGCUUUGA